GCUUUCGCUUAAGUCGCCAGAAAAUUUUCGGACGUUUUCCCUUUCUUUUUCUCUUUUUUUUUUCUUUUUUCUUUUGACUCGUCUUCUUUUGGCAAUGUUCUGCUGUUUGUGCUCUCUCUCUCCAUGUAUCUAUUUAUAUAUACAUGUCGAGUCCCGACUCCCGUAUUUACUGCAUUUCUCUCCCAAUUUCGCGUCCUAGGGCUUUUCUGAGGCGACGAGAUGUGUGCUUUGAUCGAUCUCAACACCGUCGACGACGACGACGCGAGGCCGGUUUCCCUUUCGGAUUUCCGUUCCUCUACUUGUUCUUCUUCGUCCUCAACGUCGUCAUCGGUGUCUUCCGGGGGCGGGGCGGCGUCCGCAGCCUCGCCGUCGGUGUGCUUGGAGCUGUGGCACGCUUGCGCCGGUCCGCUGAUAUCACUGCCGAAGAAAGGGAGUGUGGUGGUGUACUUCCCGCAGGGCCACUUGGAACUCGCCUCUGAUUUUCCGGCCGCCGUCUACGACCUCCCAGCUCAGGUCUUCUGCCGAGUUCUCGACGUGAAGCUCCAUGCGGAGGUGGCAACCGAUGAGGUUUAUGCGCAUGUCUUCCUCGUUCCGGAUACUCAGAUUGAGCAAAAAUGGAGACAAGGAGAAAUUGAAUCAGAGACUGAAGUAGAGGAUACUGAAGGUGCUGCCAAGUCUUCCACACCGCACAUGUUCUGCAAGACCCUUACUGCAUCUGAUACUAGCACUCAUGGGGGUUUCUCCGUCCCUCGACGGGCUGCUGAGGACUGCUUCCCACCCCUUGACUAUAACCAACAAAGGCCUUCACAAGAGCUUGUAGCAAAAGAUUUACAUGGGACUGAAUGGAAGUUCCGGCAUAUCUACCGGGGCCAGCCCCGAAGGCAUCUGCUGACUACUGGUUGGAGUGCUUUUGUCAACAAAAAGAAGCUUGUCUCUGGAGAUGCUGUUCUCUUUCUAAGGGGUGGUGAUGGAGAAUUGAGAUUGGGAAUCCGGAGGGCAGCUCAAGUUAAAAGUGGUUCUACUUUUCCAGCUGUCUCUAACCAGAAGAUGAAUGUUGGCACCAUCAGUGCUGUUGUCAAUGCUAUAUCUACGAGAAGCAUAUUCAGUGUUUACUACAAUCCAAGGGCUGGCAUGUCAGAUUUCAUAAUACCGUUGUGUAAAUUCUCAAAGAGCCUUACUCAUUCGUUUACUGUUGGAAUGAGGUUUAAAAUGCAUUUUGAAACAGAAGAUUCAGCGGAUAGGAGGCAUACUGGAGUUAUUGUUGGGGCUGGCGAUCUGGAUCCUGUUAGAUGGCCUGGUUCAAAGUGGAGGUGCUUGUUGGUAAGGUGGGAUGACCUAGAAACUAUCCAAACUGGCCGGGUUUCUCCAUGGGAGAUUGAGUCAACUGGUUCAGUUUCUACAUCAAGCAGCUUGGCAGCACCUGGCAUGAAGAGGACAAGAAUUGGUUUUCCUUUGACAAAGCAAAAUUUCUCAGUUCCCAGAGAUGGGACCAGAAUGUCAGACUUGGGGGAACCUCUACGGUUCCAGAAGGUCUUGCAAGGUCAAGAAAUUUUAAGUACUAAUCCUCCUUAUGAUGGUAUUGAUGCUCAGAAUCAUUAUCCAUCAGAAACUAGGACGUCCUCUCCUGGUUCUGGUAGUUCCAGGAUCUCUGUAAUAGGAAAAGGUGUUAGAAACCCAUUACGAGAUUCUGUGAUUUCCUAUGAAGGUGUUGGCUUUUGUGAAUCAUUCCGGUUCAAUAAGGUCUUGCAAGGUCAAGAAACAUUUUCAAACUUACAAUAUGGUGGAGGCCUGGCCACUAAGAUGGCACAGGAUAAGGGGGUCCAAGGAGUCACUCAUGAUGUACGAGCUCUAAGUUCAACGAGUGGAUGGUCUUCCCUGAUGCAUGGUUAUAAUACUUAUCUUCGUCCAUCUGCACUGUCAGCACAGCCAUCACCACCUUCUUCUGUGUUAAUGUUCCAGCAAGCACACCCCUCUGCCCCUAACUUAAAGGCAAAUUUCAGCAGUAAUCUGGAAGAUGGAUUUAGCAGCAGGACUUCGUUUGGUAUUUCUGAAACUUGUGGUGGGAAGCUCACAUCAUCCUCACCACCAGAGAGCCACUCCAAGGAGGACCUGCAAGGUCUAAAUUCCUUUGGCCGUUUAGAGGAGCACACCCAAGUGGGUCCCUCGCAUUCUACUUUUGCCAUGCAUCCAUCAUGUAGGGGCAGUCAAGAUUUAGUUUCUUCGUGCAAACGUAGCUGCAGACUCUUUGGUUUUCCCUUGACUAAGGAAAGAAACACGUCGAGGAAAGAUUGCCACUCAUCUCAAGUUUCGUCUGCAUAUGAUCCCAAGGCCUCUUUCCUAGCCCAUGAUGAGGAGCAAUUUUAUCCUAGCCCUAUAGGGGCAAAGACAGCAGGGAGCAGUUGUACCAAAGUAGGUGACCUCUGUACUGUCAGGGAUAUGCUUCUUGAUAUUGCAUUAUAGAGUACUUCUGCUAUAAGAUAAGAAUUUAAGGGUUCCCGUGGGGAACUGUUGUAGGAUUGUGAUUGGAUCUUUUCCCCCAACUUGACAGCUUCAUGAAACUGGGAGAAAUAAUUUGGUAUUCAGAACACCAGGUUGAUUUGAUGAUUGUGAAAGUUAUGCGCUGCAGUAAGAACCUGCCCGUUUACUGUUUGUUUUUGGUGCUGCAGUGAUUUUGGAUUGUGACGCGCUUUGCGUUUAACCUGAAACUGUUGGUGACUGCCUGCCUGGAUAUCAUUGAAGUGUCACGGUCGGAUUUGAUCCACCUUCGAUUUCAAGAUCUCAUGCUUGUAGUUUGGGGUUUGUUAUCUUUCCAGGAUAGCAAAAUUUCAUGGAUGAUUCCAAUUUCAUCAAGAAUCAAGUUAAGACUUGUUAGCCUUUGAUCCGUUUGCUUAGAUCCCAACUAACUCUAAAUGAACUGUGAGCUAUGUUUUUGCUUGAAAUUGUGCAAAGUUGUGAAUUCUUUAGUGAAGAGAUGUAAUGGUAAAGUUUUUAGGUCUUGAAGUGUGAAAAAGAAGUUGCUCGUAGAAUCAGCUUUGUAGUGUUGAUUAUAUUUUAGCCUUUGAAGAAAUUGCAACUCUUUUAUGUGCAAGGUAUUAUGGCAACUUGUUUCUCUU